CGCUAUUUUAAAUUUAUAUAAUUCACGUGGUACUAUAAUAUGCCGGGAUCGUACCUCUCUUCCUUACGUUGAUGAUGAUAUGAAGACCUUCGUCUCAUAGAUACAUCUCAUGUCGGUGGUUUAUUCGACUUACUUGUUUCCGGAUAUAUGCUAGACGCUACAGCAUGCCUCUGCUUACACUCGGUGCCAAAUUAUGGAGCUUGUCAGCAGCAAUUGUGGGCAUGAUCCUUGACGUACUGCAAUUUUGGAAUUAUAGAUGGAUGUUAUGGCUAAGAUCAAGAUCCCCCAAGGAUCAAUUAUCUUAUGCACUGGCUAGAGCCGAUACAUUCGAAGAAUGGGAAGAGACCGCCUUUCGACUUGACGAGUUAACCAGUGCUGAUUUAUGGCGCCAAAACCCAACAAGCAAACAUUAUGACUACAGACUUAUUCUUCAAAGAUUGGAAUCAAUCUUGAGUGCUCGAGAGUCGGAGGACAUAUUGACAUUGGUCAGCAUCCUUCGCUCGGGCCUGGUUCGCAAUCUUGGAAAUAUUACAUCCAUGAGACUAUUCAAUCACGCCUAUACCGGUACAAAACUGUUGAUUGACGACUAUAUCACACACGUCGCACUAUCGAUUCAGUAUGUUACUUCUUUACAGACUAUGCCUAUGCACGUGAGCGGUUUCACGUCGCAGGCCAAACUGGAGUUGCUACAUGAUACUCGCCAGGCUUUCGGGAGAACCUCUCUCGUUCUACAAGGUGGCUCUAUCUUUGGGUUGUGUCAUCUAGGCGUGGUCAAGGCGUUGCAUCUACGCGGUCUCUUACCGCGUAUUAUCACCGGUACUGCCACGGGAGCUUUAGUUGCUGCGCUCGUCGGUGUGCGUACAGAAGACGAACUACUGGACUUUUUGGAUAGUGAUAUCCUUGAAUAUUGCGUGUUCGAAGGUCAAAGCCAAAAGGGGAAAUGGAAAGGGAAAGGGAGCACGACACAUAAUGAACAAUCACGAAUAGGUUUUGGCCGGUUACGGCGAUAUUUUGUGGAAGGAAACUUUCUUGAUGAGUCUGUCUUGGAGGAAUGUGUUCGAACAUAUGUUGGCGAUAUGACCUUUGAGGAGGCGUAUGCAAAGACCAAAAGGAUAUUGAAUGUUACAGUAGCGGCUUCAGUGAAAGGCGCGUUUCCUAACUUGUUGAACUACCUGACGGCACCUAAUGUGCUCAUCCGGUCUGCUACCCUGGCUUCGAAUGCCUCCUCAGAGACACUCCACUGCAAAGACGAGACAGGUGCAAUCGUCCCCUGGCCGCAUACACAAGAUGUCACAUUCCGAUCCUGGCGACAGGUAAAUCUCAGUGGACGAGAAUCGCCGCUAGCUCGACUCGCCGAGUUAUUUAAUGUCAACCAUUUCAUCGUUUCCCAAACACGGCCAUACAUCGUUCCAUUUCUGUACCCCGACACUCACCCCGGCCAAAGAAACAGUAAUCACCCGAGUCUUAAUCGACCUCUUAUGCGAUUGAUUAUGCUCGAAAUGCGACAUCGAUUAAGACAACUAGACUAUCUAGGAUUCCUCCCCAUGAGUCUCCGACGACUCCUCAUGGACGAGAACAUUCCCGGCCCGAGUUUAACACUCAUUCCAGACCUGACCACGAGCGAUUUCCUAAAACUCUUUCAAGCACCUUCCAAGGCCGGUCUAGAUUAUUGGAUUCGCAAAGGCGAGCGAGGGGUGUGGCCUGCUGUCAGCGCUCUGAGAGUGAGAUGUGCUAUUGAGAUUGAAUUAGAUCGCUGUUAUCAGAUGGUCCGGCGCCGACGGCGCCGCAGCGACGUCAGUCAGCAGCCGGCUGUUGUUCCCCAUUACCGACAUGGAGCGAAUGAAGGCGUUCUACGGAAGCGGAGGUCUAUCGGACAUGAGUCCGUGGAAUAGUUGCGGUGUCAUGAUACAUAUUAUGCAUUAACUGCAUGGGG